CUCUCUCGCUUGCUCGCGCUCUCUUUAACUGUAUUAGUGCCAGUGUCUGUGUCUCUUAGUGUGGGAAUGUAGCAGACUUGGAGGCAGUGCUGCUGUUCAAUCUGAGCGCAUGGAUGGACUUUGGACAGUCGUCUGGAUGUGUGUGGGCAGAAUGGUCUAGCUAAGGGCAUGGAUUGUUAAAAAAGGAUCAAAUGGAUUUAGCCCGUCUCUGCCCUCUGUGAUUAAUUCCCCUGGAUCGUUGUCCAUCGCUCAGCUGCUUUCUCCUGGGGAGGAGAUUACCAGCUGCCUGAGUCGGCUGGAGAGCCGCUGGUGAGUGAAGAGAGAUGAGGAGAGCAAGAUUGGCGUGUGUGUGGAAAGAGUGAGCUGCAGACGUGCCUUUGGAGUGAAGCUUUUACUCCCUACCACUAUUACAGCUUUCCAGUGCAAAGCCACAGACACAAACGCUGAAAGGCAGGGCAGCAUCAGCUGCGAUGGUUGCUGCGUUGGUGCAGCUGUGAGAGGGGCUGCAGCAGGGAGUUGCCGGGUACAUUCUUGCUCAGCCUUGGAUUUACAGUGUGCUUCUAACCGUAGCCGCAGUGUCCUCGAUCCACUGUUCUGUCUGUCAGCCUUGUUUUUUUCUUGCUCUCACCUUUUCUACUCGCUGGAGCAUCUUGGGAAUUAUCUUUAGCUCUCUGGACACUGAACUAGAUAGAGGCACGUCUCUCAGCCCCCCCCUUCCCUUUCCUCACUUACCUCUGCUCUCUGAGUGUGUGUCUGUGCUACAGCAUGUUUGUGUGUGCGUAAUUAUUCCUGGCUUGUGAUUAUUGUGUACUGUGUUGUUGAGAAUUUGUAUUCAGGUAGUUAUGUGUAGGCUAAGGUCCUGUGUGCUGUUAAUAUGAUCUGUCAGAGAUUGCAUCUGUCUCUGUAGCUGUGGCUGAGUGCAUGUUUGAAUGUUAAUGAGAUGCCCAGCCCUGGUUUCUUGGUCAACCCCCUCCCCUGCUUGCAUCGCUUCCUAGCCGGGCCCUAAACUCCAAAAGCAUGAGUGAGAGAACAGCUCUAGGGGCCACCAUGGAGACCAUGACCCUGGAGGAGCCCGGGGUUGAAGAGGCCUCUCCCCGGGUCCCGGGGCCCCUCCGCUGUGGCCCCUGUGCCAUGUGGCCCCGCCAGCAGACAUGGCUGUGUGCUGUGCCCUUGCUGAUGGGAUUUGUGGGUCUGGGCCUCAGUCUCAUGCUCCUCAAGUGGAUUGUAGUGGGCUCAGUCCAGGACUACAUGCCCACUGACUUAGUGAAUGCCAAGGGUAUUGGGCAGGACCCCAUCUUCCUCUCCAAACCUAGCGCCCUGCCAAAGGGCCCAGAUGCUGCCACUACGUCCACUACCUCCCCAGGCAAUACUAAUGGGCCAAUACCUGGUUCAGCUGCAGAUGGGACCUCUACAGUGCGCAGGACUCAAUCAGGCACAUCCUCAAACCACAGCAGCAACAGCAGUGGGGCAAGAGGUGCUGGAACAGUGGAGGGAGGCUCUGGGAAUCGAGCCCCACACCUCCAUAAUAGGGUUGGCACACGAGGGAAUGGCACUGCUAUACCUGGGGAAAAAGAGGUGACCCCACGCAGUACCACAGUCAGAAAGCCAAGUCCAGGUGGCAGCCGAAAUGUUUAUCCCUCAUCCAGAGCUGUACCACCAAGCCCAAUCUCCAUCACUACCACAACUACUGCAACUACCACUACUUCUACAGCGAAAAGCACAGCCACUACCCAAGUGCCCCCACCUAUCACUACAUCUACUAGGCCUACCCAACGCUUAAACCAUGGACGUGCCGCCAAGGGGCCUUCCACCAAGCCCACUCGUCCUCACCACCGCUUCAGAACACUCGCACCUACAACCCCAACUGUCCGCUCAGAGUUCUUCAAACCUUGUCAAGACAGCCAAGAGUUGGCCUUCUGCCUGAACGAAGGAGAAUGCUUUAUCAUCGAGACAGUGGCAGGGGUGCACAGACACUGCAGAUGUAAAGAAGGUUACCGUGGACUUCGCUGUGACCAGUUUGUUCCUAAGACAGACCCCAUCCUCUCCAAUCCAACAGCAGAUGAGCUUGGCAUCGAGUUCAUGGAGAGUGGAGAGACCUACCAGAGACAGAUCUUGUCAAUCUUCAGCAUCGCCAUGGGGAUCAGCUUGCUGGGUUUGGCCUGCAUGGCUCUUUACUGCAGGAACAAGAGACAAAGGGGAAAGCCUAGAGCCCAUCAGACCGAGAUCCGCACUCUGAGGGACUGCAGUCUCAUUGCUUCUCGUCUCAUGUCCAAAUCUGGCCCCAGGAUUGACUAUGACCUCCAGCACCAAAAGUGCUGCAAAGCCCAUGGGUCAUCCCUGACACCAGGCCACAAUAUAGGAUCCAACGAAUCCAAAGGCUCGUCACCCAAGCAGAGCAGGUGUCUGGCUGCAGCGAAAAGUUGCAGUCCUGCUGCAAAGCAGAAGAUAUCCAAUCAUCAACCUGUGUCACGCUGGACACCACCCAUCUCUCGAGCAGGACACUAUCUAACUGGAGGAUCAAAAGACUCUAUUCAUAGCUACAAACAUCUUCGAGAGGUGGAGUCCACAGACGCUGCAUUAGAGGCUCUGAGAAGGUGUAACUCCCAAACUGAAGGUAAUCAGUACAGCCGCUCAUUUCUGAAUAUGCAGACUGAAGCUUUCGCCCAUUCCAGAGAAAGGUUGACCCUGGCUGAUGUUCCUUGCACUCGUCUGGAUCAGGGAACAGCAUUUCCUCCUCCAUCUCACCGUGCCUGCUCUGUUCCCAUCAUCCCCUCUGUUCAAGCAUCCAACCUGGAGGACAGAGCAGAGGAUCGGAGCACCACGGUGUUGCAUUAUAAGGAUGGAGCUUCUGCUAGCCAACCUAUCAAUCCAGAGACUGAAAUAGGGUCACUGUCAAAUUGCAGCCAGGGAUCACAUGCAUUGGAGAAUCAAAGCAAACACAAAAGCCUUGUCACUUACACGACAGCUUCGGGACCACGUACAGAGUCCACUAUGGCAAAGACUGUCAUCUCUAUAACUGUACUGGGAUCAGGGAAGGAGCGCGUGCACCAAUCCACCAACUCGUUCAAAUCCACUGGAAGAGUAGAGAAUCAGCAUGUCCAGUCCACUCACGAGGAAAAAGAGGAGCCGGGGGCUGCUUUACACAAUACACCUAAAAGGAGAGAAAGAGACUGCUACCUUUCCACUGAGCUUAAGGGUCUGUCCAGUUUCACAGCCUCUAAGAGCUGAUUGGAUAACUUCAUAGGACUGGCGAAUUAAACUAACACAAAAACAGUGGAUUUGGAAACAGUGAAACACUAAAAUCCAUGAAGGUCUAUUCCUUCGCCCUCACCUCCCUUUUACUGACACGAGACUUACACUCUAAACUCUGUAACUGCAUUGUGGACUACAGGAAGAACUUGCUGUGACAGAAUUCAGAACACUGGAUACCUGAGAAUACAAUGUGAAUAAAUUAUGAAAUGAUAUAAUGACUGUCGUUGGGAUGUUGAUUUAAAGAGGCAUUGAAGAAGAAAAAAAAGAUUUAUAUGCCACUAUUUAACAAAAUGCUUCUACUUAGAAACCAAAUAGUGUGUCAUCUCUAUGUUGUUUCUCUAUUGUAAAAAAAAAAAAAGAAAAAAAAAGAAAAGAAAAUAUAAUAGAUGUCAUAACUAUAUGUAUGUCAUAUAUGGAAUAUAUAUGACAUACAAGAGGACAAAAAUAAAGAUGCAGAAUAUGAUGAACAGGAAGCUUUUCAUUUCCAGCUCUGCCAUUCUAAGACAUAACCCAAUUCAAGUUUGUCUUUUCUCUGUUUUUGCUUGAGGACGUGAAGACGUGAGUUUGGUGCUUUAUGAAUAAAAUCUCUAUGUCACCUUGUGAUUUGAUCAGAGAGUGUCUCCACACACUGGCGGGUAUUACACAGUGAUCAAUGCUCUAUUUCCUGCCACCCACUCUAUGUAUGGCAGACAGAUAUCUGCAGCUAUCACUGGCACAAAUCUACAAAACGUGCCAAUAGGAAGAUAGUCAGUCACCAGC